AUGGCCACAAAACAACGCAUGGUCAAACUCUCCCUCUUUGCCCGGCGCAAGCAUCAUCUCUCUGAAGACGAGUUUCAGGAGUACUGGUCGGGCACGCACAAGGCCCUGGCGACAGAGUGGCUGGCCAAGUAUGGUAUUGUCAGGUACACCCAGUCGACUCAUCACCCGCACUUCAUGAAACAGUAUCACACCCCUUCAAAACUCGUUUCCUCGGCCUUGGCAGGCUUCCCCGUGCUGAAAAAUGCAAAGAAACUCGACUUCGACGGUGUCGGCGAGUUUCUCAUGCCCGACGUUUCGUGUUUCCAGCGGGCGCGCGAGGACCCGUAUUACACCGAGGUCAUCGCGCCGGAUGAGGAUAAGUUGUUUGACUGGGGCUCGGUUGAAUGGACUGUCGGUUGGGAGGAGGUAUAUAUUAAGGACGGGAAGGUUGUGGAUUUGCCAUUUGGGGAUAAUGCUGAGGAGAUGGCGAAAUAA